AUGGACCAAUCCCACCACAUGGGCAGCCCCGACCAGGGCUUCCCGCUGCCGUCUCUGCCGCCCAUCUCCGCUCCGCCGCUGCUCAACCGCCAGCCCCAGCUCUUCGGCAACACAUUUGACCGGCUGCCUCCCAUCCACAUGCCCUCCGACAUGGCCGCCGCCCACAUGUUUGGCAGCGACCCCAACGCCUACAUGGACGACGCCAACGAGGCCAAGCGGCGACGCAUUGCCCGCGCCUGUGACAUGUGCCGCAAGAAGAAGAUCAAGUGCGACGGCAAGAUGCCUUCGUGCACCCACUGCGUCAACUACAAGACGAAGUGCAUCUUCACCCAAGUGGAAAAGAAGCGCAGUCCGCCGAAAGGCGCCAAAUAUAUUGAAGGUCUCGAGAACCGCCUCGUCCGCAUGGAGAGCCUGCUGCGCCUCUCCGGCCUGCUCGACGAAGACGACGGCGCCACCGAUCUCGGCACCCUCGAGAAACGCCUGUCUGAGAAGCUCCGCGAGUCGCGCCGCGACUCACAGGCCGCCUCCAAUCCGUCAUCGCCGUCCCAGACCACAUCCGGCAACGAGUCCACGCCGCGCAGCUCCAUCACCUCGCCAGAACCCGGAAAAGAACGCGACUCUAGCGGGAAUGCCAACGACAACAACGGUGGCAGCGGUGAGAGGAGCGGCGAGAAAGGGGGCGAGAAGUCCGGCGAGAAGUCCGGCGAGAAGUCCGGCGAGAAAAGCGGUGGCGGCAACCACAGCCACAGCAACAACAACAGCAGCAACAACGGCUUGAGCAGCAGCAGCAGCAGCAGCAGCAACAACACCGGUAACGGCAACAAGAAGUCGUCUUCUAGCGCGUCCGACAAAAAGAACGGCGGCCGCAAAGAAGAAGAAGAAGUCGAAGCCCUGUCCGAGAUGAUGUGCUCGCUCGUCACUAACCACGAGGGCGAGACACGCUACAUCGGCUCCUCCUCCGGCUUCUCCAUCUUCUCGCCCAAGGGCAUGCAGUGGAUCAACGAGCGCACCGGCGACAACUCCUUCCAGCAGAUGAUCUCCAAUGUCACUAUGGACGACAACAAGUGGACCAACUGGAAGCCCGAGAUCUUUUCCGACCUCUUCCGACGCCCCGUCUUCCGGCCCCUGCCCGCCAAGCCCGAGGCGCUCUCGCUCCUCAAGGACUUUUUUGAAAACUUCAACUGCAUGUUCCCGCUCUUCCACCAGCCCACCUUUAUGCACCUGGUCGAGCGCCAGUACUCCAAAGAUCCCUACCAAGGCUCAGGCUGGUGGGCGUCGCUGAAUGUGGCCUUGGCCAUUGCCCACCGCCUGCGCGUCAUGAGCAACCUCGUGCCCCAGGAGGAGGACGACAAGGCCUGGGCCUAUCUGAAGAACGCCAUGGCCGUCUUCUCCGAGCUGGCCAUGCGCAACACCGACCUGCUCAGCGUGCAGGCGCUGCUGGGCAUGGCCCUUUUCAUGCAGGGCACCCCGAACCCCCAGCCCACCUUCUUGCUCAUUGCCGCCGCCAUCCGCCUGUCGCACAGCAUUGGCCUGCACAAGAAGGGCACCGGCUUCAACCUCAACCCCAUUGAGAUUGAGCAGCGCAAGCGCGUCUUCUGGAUCGGCUACAUGCUCGACAAGGACCUCUGCCUGCGCUCGGGCCGCCCGCCCGCCCAGGACGACGACGACAUGAACGUCGAACUGCCCGACGCCGAUCCGGCCGACAACAUUGGCAACAUCCCCCUGGGCGACGGCAAGGGCAAGAUGAACCUGUUCCGUGUCAUGUGCGAGUUUGCCCUGAUCGAGAGCAAGGUCUACCGGCGCCUGUAUUCGACCAAGGCCACCAAGCAGACCGUCGGCGAGCUGCUCAACACCAUUGGCGAGCUCGACCAGGAGCUGGAGGACUGGAAGGAUAGCAUCCCCAUUGACUUCCGCCCGGAGCACGAGAUUAAAGCGUCGCACACGCCCCUGAUACUCCACAUUGUCAUGCUGCAUUUCACCUAUUACAACUGCCUCACCACCAUCCACCGCAUGUGCGUCCACCACGGCUACUGGACGAGCCGUCUGUCCAACUACGCCAUCCAGGGCCUCAACGCCAAGCCCCUCAACCCGCGCGUCUAUUCGUCGGCCGCCCUCUGCGUGUCCUCGGCACGCGCCUCCAUUUCGUUGUUGAAGUACAUUCCGCAGGGCGACUUUUCGUGUGUCUGGCUGAUUCUGUACUUUUCCGUGUCCGCGCUCGUCACGCUCUUUGGCAAUGCCCUCCAGAAUCCCGUCGAUCCGCGCGCGCGGUCCGACACGCGUCUCAUGAGUCUUGUCGUCACCUUCUUGUCCAUGCUCGGCCAGGAGGCCGAGAGCGGCGGCGUGCACCGCAUGCUGGGGGUGUGCAGCGAGUUUGAGCGCAUCGCCAAGGUCGUGAUCGACAAGGCCGAGAAGGAGCAGUCCAACCGCCGCAAGCGCAAGAACUUGGAUGCCCACGAGGCCGCGCCCGCCAAGUCGGCACCAGGUGCGUCAUCGUCAUCGUCGGCGGCGUCGUCGGCGAUGGCAGCAUCGGCCACCAACGGUGGCAACGCAUCUUCGUCUGGAUCCGGCAAGGCCGGCAACAAGCACGGUCAGGUGUCCUCCUCGUCCUCGUCUCGCCCGCCAUCGCGGUCCCAGUCAUUGGCGCCGACGACCUCCCAAACGCCCCGGCCCACGUCGUCGGGCAGCACAGCCACAACAGCCUACCAGAAUACGCCGAGCGCCACGCCUGCCGAAGCCGCCGCCGCCGCGCACACCGCCGCCGAGAUUGUCAACAGCCAUAAGAACGCUGGCUCCAAGCGACACAACCUACACCACUUGAACAAUGCCUCUGUGGCUGCCAGCAUGUACACCAACAGCUCCAUGAACCCCAACUUCAACCACAAUGCCAACCCUAACGGGAACCCUAACGGGAACCCUAACGGCAACCUGAAUGGUAACCCGAACGGCCACGGCCACGGCAACACGCCCUCGCCCGGCAUGCCCCCCAACACUUGGUCGGGCGACUUUGCCACCAUGGCCGCCACAUCCGCGCCCUGCAUGGACGGUUCCACCAUUACCGACAUGAACGGCGGCAUCAUGGCCGAAAUCGACUUUAUGUCCUUUUCGGAUCUUACGGGCUUUGGGUCCAUUCCGUCAGACAUGCCCCCGCCGCCACCGCAUGAUCUGGGUGACCUGCAGUCCCCGCCCAUGAUCGCAGAUGGCAUGGCCGGCAACCAAUUCCUGCCACAGGAUCUGUUUAGCAUCCCGAUGACGCUGGACUGGAGCUUUUCUGGCAUGGGCGACGGCAUGUACGCCACCAUGGAGAACGGCGGCUUGGACACGGUGCCAUCAUAA